CGGGUCACGUGGGGCGCGGGAGGCGGGGCCUUGCGCGCGCAGGUCACGCGGCCCGGUGUUGACACUUCCGGGUGGGACCGGAGUGAGGCCGCCGGGCAGGGGCUGGCGGCUGGGGCAGCGACCAUGGCGUACAGCGGCCUCACGGUGCCUCUCAUCGUGAUGAGCGUCUUCUGGGGCUUCGUCGGCUUCUUGGUGCCCUGGUUCAUCCCUAAGGGUCCCAACCGGGGAGUUAUCAUCACCAUGUUGGUGACCUGUUCAGUUUGCUGCUAUCUCUUUUGGCUGAUUGCAAUUCUGGCCCAACUCAACCCUCUCUUUGGACCACAGUUGAAAAAUGAAACCAUCUGGUAUCUCAAGCAUCAUUGGCCUUGAGGAAGAAGACCCUCUCUCCAGUGCUCAGUCAUUGAGGUCAUGAAGAGAAUUCCUCUAGAUGCAAAAUCCCCUCCAAACCCAGACCACCUCCCUUGACUCGCCUGUUUUGACCAUCAGCUGCCUUACUUACAUCACGCCGCAUUUGAAUAUUUUAUCCUACCAUGCAGUCUUUUUCCUGUCGCCUUUUUUACACUUUGAUGAAUUAUGUGCCUACUUAACCCAAACUGUGCUGAAUCCGUAAAAUGUUUAUUAUGCACUCUUCUGAGAUAGAAGGUGCUGUUCUUCUGAGAAAUACGGUAGUCUCUCCUUGGAACCUGUGGAUUUGAAGAUGCCUCCUGCCUGCUCACGAUGUGGGAAUCAGCAAAGUGUUUAAAAACUUACAAGACAGCAGGACUCCAUGGGGCGGUCAGUAGGAGGGCAUGUUCAGAGGGGAGAUCAGUCCCCGCAGAAUUACACCAAAGUAUAUUUUCAGGAUGAAUUUCUUAUUUCUGCCAUCUUUUUGAAUAAAAUUAUUUUUCUGCUUUCUAUGGAAA